AAACAAUACAAGCCUGAAACUGCAGUCGGCCUGAAACUGCGGUCUCCUGCAGCCACACGCUGUGACUCGUCAGGCUGCAGGAAUUAGGAAGUGUGUGUCCAACCCAACCGUUCCUGAUCCAACCCAAAACAGGAGCAGAGAUGUCAGCCUGGGCCCAACCGUCCGAGCUGAGGCUGGUGGUUCUGGGCCCGAAACGGGCAGCAAACCGAGCCGUUGUCUGCUCCAUCCUGGGCCUGGAAGACACUCAGCAGGGCACAAAUGCCCACGAGUGCAGUAAACACAGAGGAGAGGCUGCUGGCAGGAAGGUCCUAGUCAUUUCCAGUCCAGCCUGGUUCAGCUCAGCCUGCUCCCCGGAGGAGAGGAGGAAACAGCUGUCAUCCCUCGUCGCUCUGUCCACCCCUGGACCCCACGCCUUCCUGCUCUGUGUCUCCGUGAACCAGCCAGCUGAGGAUGAAACCAAAGCACUCGAAGCCCUGACGAAGCUCUUCGGCCCCUCGGCGGUCAGCAGAAACACCGUUGUCCUCUUCACACACACUGAGGAGCUGGGGGAGGAAGAACAGCUGGAGGAGUACCUCGUCACCUGGCGCAAAGACCUCCUAGCGCUGGUAGCUAGAUGUGGAGACCGCUACCACACGCUGGAGAGUCGUGGUGGAGAACCCGAGGAGAAGAGAGCUGUGGAGGAGCUGCUGGAGAAGGUGGAGCAGGCGCUGAAGGAGAGCGAGACUCCGCACCUCAGCUGCCAGCUGUACCAGGAGGCUGAGGAUCGGGUGAGGGCGAGGCAGGUGGAGAUGGUGAGGCAGAGGAGGGGGGAGGAGCACGAAUCCCCCACAGACCCGGAAGUGACGGAGGAAGAAAUGGAAGCAGUGCGCGAGGAGGCGGAGAGGAGCGUUGGGGAUUUUAAUCUAGAUACCGAAGGAAUUUUCUCCCUUUCCAGCAUGCCUCCACCUUGUCACCCCCCCUCUCUUCUCGGGGGAUUGUGGGGAAAGCUGACGGCUUGGAUCAGGUGGCUGCCCUCUCUGGUGAGAAGGGAGGCCCUGCUGGGGGCCUUGGUGGGCCUGUUUGUAGGGGGGCCGUUCGGUGGGAUGGUUGGGGCCACUGUGGGUUCUGUAGCUACUGAGGUGGGCAAAAGAAAAGCACACAAGGCCAAAUGAGACGUGAUUUUCUGUUUAGCACCGUGUCACCCCUUAACUGUCUACAGACUGCUGUUAGCUCAAGUGUAACUUUUACAUUCAGCCCAUUUCUGGGUGGGAGUCUGUGGUGGUAGUGUCAUGGUUUGGGCUGUACACCAAGCACACCUAACACCUGUUUUCUUUGCUGAAAAGUGAAGCCAUGAAAUCCUGUUGAUGAGAACUACCGUGCUGUAUUUGUUAGCCAUGUGUGCUCUCCACACGUGGAUCUGAAAGCCCCGCCCUCUCCAUGUCACAUGUCAAACAAACGCCAAAUAAAAUAUGGUACUUAUGAGUUUGUAUUUGAAUAUGCAACCGGAAGGCAACUAAACCAAAGUUCAUUUCUGAAGGAAAAUUAAACGAAGCAUUUAUUUUAUUUUGGGAAAAUGUCCACGGGACUGCAGUCAGCCACGG